GCCGUGACCCACCUCACGGAAGGAUGUACCAAUGAGCAGAGGGGAGAGAUGGCCGAGGCGUGUGGCAGCGGCCGAGACGCCAGUGCUGAGGAGGGAGGCGGCACCGGUCACGACGUGGGGCGGCCAGCGAUGAAGCCGCCUAGUUCAACACAACCAAGUGAGUUUGACUCAUCAGAUGAAGAGCCCAUUGAAGAUGAACAGACUCCAAUUCAGAUAUCAUGGCUACCUCUGUCACGAGUGAAUUGUUCUCAGUUUCUCGGUUUAUGUGCUCUUCCAGGUUGUAAAUUUAAAGAUAUUAGAAGAAAUAUCCAAAAAGAUACAGAAGAACUAAAGAGCUAUGGUAUACAAGACAUAUUUGUUUUCUGCACCAGAGGGGAACUGUCAAAAUAUAGAGUCCCAAACCUUUUGGACUUCUACCAGCAGUAUGGAAUUACCACUCAUCAUCACCCAAUCCCAGAUGGAGGGACUCCUGACAUAGCCAACUGCUGUGAAAUAAUGGAGGAGCUUACAAUCUGCCUUAAGAAUAACCGAAAAACCUUAAUACACUGUUAUGGAGGACUUGGCAGAUCUUGUCUUGUAGCUGCUUGUCUCCUUCUAUACCUGUCUGACACGGUAUCCCCACAGCAAGCCAUAGACAGCCUGCGAGAUGUAAGAGGGUCUGGGGCGAUACAGACUAUCAAGGUAAGGAGGUUGUGCUUGCUGGUGCGGUUAGGGGCAGACCGUUACAUUACAACCACAGUGAGUGUAAUACACAACCAAAAGGGCAGUAAAAUGAAAUCCCAAAGCACUGUUAUUCAAAUGUCACUAAUGUUUUUAAUUUUUUUAAUUUAUGUUUAACUAUAACCCCGGUAUCUGCAAAAGCACACAAGUAUUUCAAACAACAUAAUGAAAAAACUUGAACUUUCCGGUUUACUCUUCAAGGAUCUACUACUGCUCAGUUUUUGCCCCAUUCAGUUUGGGGAAUGGAUCCUCUCACUGGAAACAAUGAGAUGGUUACAAUAAACUUGGUAGUUUCUUGGGUAAAUUCUUAAGCAAAAAGAUCUAAGGAAGAUCCUAUCGUAUCACCAAAACAUUUAAUGAAGAUAAACGAAUGACUAUAAUACAAAACAUGUAAAGCGAUGCUGAUUAUCCUUUGCUGUGGAUGACCAAAGCGACAUCUUCCACAUUUACAUUCCCCUAACACUUCAAAAUCACUGCAGUAGCAAUGCCAAGGAUAUUAUUAUAUACUAAUCAUCUUACUGAAAAGAUUCAGCAGGUUUUACUUUAUUUGUGGAUCUAUGAAGCUAAUUUGCCUUCCUCUCCCACACACCCUGUCUCAGCAUUAGUACCCAUUCAUCAGCAGUGGAUACUAAAGAAUCCUGGCCAUCAGGCAGCUCCUUGGGCUUGAGUCCAUCUUCCCAGGGUUAAAGGUCUAAUCCAGUGUUAUGUACAGCAAAUUAUUAUAAUUACUGAUAAAUUCACCAAGAAACCUGAUUCUUAGGGCUUAAAUAAGGUCAGUCACAAGAUAAUCCAUACAGGAUCCACUUGCCUGUACAGAUUCUGAAAACAAAGAACUCCCAUUAUUUUAAAAUCAAAUGCUGCUGCAAAUCCAAAAAGUUUGAGUCUCUCUUCUCUUUGAAACAAAAUGCAUGGUCAAAUACAUGUAUGAAUAUGUGUAUGUUUUACAUCUUUAAUACUAGAGAGAAUUAAGCCUACAUUAGUGUGGACUGUCAAUUUAAUCACCUCAGCAUUCUGUAGCAAACAGGCUUUAUCUCUCUGCUAGUGUAAGUGUAGUUUCAACUUCCUAAUACAGAUAUGAAAUGAGAUGAUUAGCACAGUAACAAUAUCCUCUGUAAAGCUAUUAAAACUCCAAAUAAAUUAUUUAAGGCUUUCAUUUUGCUUAUCUGUUAAGGUUAGUGGGGUUUUUAAAAAAUACUGUCUAUGAAAAUUGUUCCAAAUGGAUUACAUCAUCACAAAAAGCAGAUGACUUGGGCUUCUAUAAAUUAAGAAAUGGAUUUUCUUGAAUAUACCACUGUUAAUUGCUACAGGAAGUGCCCUCUCCUCCUUAUUCACUCCCUAGGUUAAAAAAAAAAUUAGCAAAAAUAAUGCCAUUAAGAAGUGUUUUCAAUGUUAUGUGGUCCUACAAGUAAAGAAAUAAAGGAUUUUACAGCCUUAUAAAAUAUUCAUUUGUAUUUCAUGCUACCUUCUGCUUUUUAGAGAUUUUUAAAGUAAUAGCUUUUCACACCAUAUACAGCUUGAAAGAUAAAACUUACCCAUGCUUGGCACAAACGCUUCCUUACCCAAAAAGAUAUAAAAUUGUUCUUAGCAAAUAUUUUUUUGAUUCCUACUAGUCUUGGUGUCUACUCUGGUUAACAGUUUUCUACAAUGUAUUUCAACAUAUCUUUACU